UGUGGCCCCCGGGAGAGAGGUGCUGCUGCCGCUUCCCCGGGAGAGGAGCCGCCGCGGGCCCGGCCGGCGAAGCGAUGCAGGAAGCCAUCGCCAUCACCGAGCAGCCGGUCUCCGUCUCCGUCCCUGUGGGAUACUCCUUCACCCUGCGGUGCAGGGCCGAGGGACGCACCCCGCUGCAGUACCAGUGGUUCUGUCAGCACCAGUCUGUCUGCCGCCAGAUUCCUGGUGCCACCAAACAAGAUUUGCCCAUCACCGCACAGCAGACCCAACUCUACACCUGCAGAAUCAAUGACCUCUACAGAAAUGCUGUUUUCUCCGACUGGGUGAAGGUGGAGGUCCAUCAGUGUGUCGCCAGAGGCCUGCCCCCUCGGCUCUGGCGAGGAGAACCGGUCAUCGUCCUCAACCCCACCGAGCAGAGGGUGGAGGUGGGGAAGCCGCUGCAGCUGCAGUGUGCUGCCAUGGGGGUCCCAGCCCCCAGCUACCAGUGGUACCGGAACGGCAAUCUGCUGGAACAACAGAAGAAAAAAAAACUCUGGAUCACCCAUGCAAAGGUCAGUGACUCUGGCACAUACCUCUGCUGUGCCUCCAAUAGCCACGGGGAGCACUGGACCAACGCCGUGGAUGUUCACAUAGGUACGCAUCGCUCUGAAAAGUUUUUUGCUACAGGCAAGAUAGCACUUUUGGUGGGCAACAACCACUACCAGCAUCAUCCCAACCUGAUGGCUCCCGUGACGGAUGUGUUCGAGCUGAGUCUUCUUCUGGAGCAGCUGGACUUCCAAGUUGUCUCCCUUCUGGACCUGAACAAGGCUGAGAUGGUGACAGCAGUCAGUCGGUUCCUGCAGCUCCUGGAGAAGGGAGUCUAUGCUGUAUUCUACUAUGCUGGUCAUGGGUAUGAACAUUUGGGGAGGAACUACAUGGUCCCUGUUGAUGCUCCACAACCCUACGCCCCUGAGAAUUGCAUCAGCGUCCAGAGGAUCCUCCAAAAGAUGCAGCAGCAGCAGACAGCCCUGAACCUCAUCCUGCUGGACACCUGCAGGAAAUGGUACAACCCGGAGUGUGCCCUCUCCCAGGUGCAGCCACUGGAGCCCUGGGGCAAUACCAUUUACGGCUAUGCCACGAGUGAAGAUGCAGAAGCCUAUGAGUUGCAGGAUGGGGAGUUCAGCUCUGGGAUCUUCAUGAAAUAUCUGAAGAAGCAUAUUCUGCAGGAAAAGAAGGUUACACACAUGCUGGAGGAUGUGUUAGAAGACAUUGGCCGGGAUCCCUUGGUCACUGGGAAGCAGGUGAUGGAGAUCAAACACACUCUGAAGGAAGCUCGGUCCCUGACAGACCCGAUCUGCCCCUUGGGAGCAGCUGCCAAGCACUGGGGACGCAGUCACGAGCCGCUGAGCAAAAUAGUGUCCUUCUCCUGCGGGGCGCAGGUGGAGCUCUGCUUCCACCGACUCUUCUCCAACAUGAUGUACGUGUGUGCCAAGCUGCAGCCACCCCCAGCCCACGUCACUGAUGCCCGUCUCUUGCUCUGCCGACCCACCGAGACGGUGGAUGUGGCUGUCCUGAAAGAGAGCCGACCAGACCAUGUGGAGUCUCUGCUUGCCUCUGUGUACAAGCGGGAGGAGCUGGACUGUGUCUUCCAGCUUUGUGGACUACAGAAAAUUCAGACAGACGUGGUCCUGCAGUUGGAUUUGCAUUACACCCAGCUGAGCACAAAGCAGAGGACUUGUGAAAGCCUGCAAACAACCCUCCAGAAAUCUCUGCUGGGGCAGUUUUUCAGCCAGAGUAGUUGCUCCCAGCCAAACUGCCUGAGAACUCCUGCCCGCGCAGGCAGCGUCUGCCGCUGGGAUGGGUCGGUGCUGGGCACGGACCCAAAGGGACAAGCAUCUCUGAGGACAGGCUCUGGCCACAGCUUGCCCAGCAGUGACCCUUCCAACUCCAGCACCGAGCCAGAGGAAAACGAUGAAAGUGACCUGUCUGGGCUCUGCUCGGCCCUGCUCCACGCUGGCCCAGGGCAGGACUGCCCCUGAGCCCAGCCUCGGCAACAGUUAUUCCAGUGCUGAAUAGAUCAGAAUCCAUCAGCUGCUUUCCAGCCUCAGCGGUUGCCCUGUCCAAAUGAGGCCAAGGCUGCUUUUUCGGAAAGGUUUCUCCCACCUGUGCCCUGUGGUGUGCGGAGCCCAAAGCUCGCUGGGAAUAACCCCUGUCCUGGGGGAGUGGUGGGUUCGGCAAGGAGUCAUUGCCAGGUGGCCCUGUCCUCCACCAGCCAUGACGAGUCAGAACAUUUCCAGACAAAACCCAGCAUUGCUUAAAGUCAAGGGCUCAGGCUGAUGUUUUCUGCAGAUUAGGCUUUGCCUGAGAGCAAACCUCGCAGCGUUAAAGGUGUUAAGAAGCACUACAGACCUGUGCUGCGGCAGCGGCGCGGCCUCAGAACCCAGCUGCGACUGCUGACUCUGGCUGCACUUGUGCGUGGGACACGAGGCUUGAACGAGGGACCCAGAUAGAAGGGUGUGAAUCUACAAGCUCUCCCCUGCCUCGCAGCAUGGUUUUCUUUCCUUGUGAGUCCUGCCUGGGUCAAAGCAGGUGUUAAGUUAUGCAUUUAUGUAUUUCUAAAGAAUGUAUUUAUACUUGAGGCAAGACAAUUUCUUGCCAAGAAGAGGAAGGUCGGGUGUUCUGUCAAGUGUGUGUUUACAAUGAAGGCUGGUUUUCCAUCAGUGGAAAAGCCACCGGACAGGUGCGCUUCCACGUGCCCCAUGGUACACAGGGGCAUUAAAGACUGUUAAGUCCUGUGCAGUCCUGAGUUCCUCUCAGAUGCAGAAUUUCCUACAUGUGUGAGGUGGAGAAGACAAAGAUGGAACAGGAAGGGCCUCAAAAAAGUCAUUAAUAAUGACUGAGCAGAUUUUAUAUCUAAGUGCCUUGUCUCUUUGCACUCACUGUGGGCAACCUAAAGCACUACCUUUUGUGGAAAACCAGUUGUCCAGAGAGAGCCACAGAUGAGCAGGGCCCAAAGGACAACACAAGUGGGUGCAGUCCCUGCUUUCUUUUCUAAUACUUGUUUGAUAAAAGUUUGAGUGUAGCUCCACGUGAUUGCUCAGCAAGGGCCCAAGAGGGGGCGCCAACAGUUCAACAGGAGCCAAUGGCCCCAAGAAGGUGUGGGAUCUCCAUCCCUGGAGACGGUUCACUCUGGACUGGGGAAGGUGCUGAUGAACUGGUCCAAGCUGUCAGGGUACUGGACCGCCCUGAAACAGCCAGAGGUCCCUUCUGGCUGGUGUGGUCCUGUGAAAGAAAGAACUUGGAGGUCAAAGACUUCUUGAGGUCAAGGAUGGUGGGUGGGGAGAGGGUCCAAGCUCUGUCUUCUGUCUUGGUCUAAAAGAGGGUGGAAGCGAGCAUUUUCUAAAUUUCGGUCCUCCUUCAGCAGUAAAGAUACUUGCAUCUCUGUCUGCGGUGUCUGUUGCAGCAUGGAAGAAUAUUAAAUACUCCCUCCAGAUAAACCAUCCUACAAGAGCUGGAAACCUGUCCAAAAAGAACAGAGGAGGCUUUUAUUCUCCUCACUGUGAGUAGAGCCAAGGGAAGGAGGAGAGGCCCCAUCUGGCUGAAGUCUAGAAAGGCUCCUAAGAAAAAAUGUAAAGCUAGAAAAAAAAUUUUACAGUGUGUAGUUCAAAUAAGAUGGACCAAUAAAGAAGAUAAGCCAGAAAAUAAUAAACUAAUUUAAGAGAGAACCAAAGAUCAACUCAACACCAGUAGAAACUUAAGACAGGUGGAUGGGAAUGGCCAUGCAGGCGUUUGGGAGGAGCUGGGAGUCUCGUUGCCUCUAUGAGGAUUAUACACACCCUCCUAUACUGUUGGGGCAAAAUGUGUUUCUGGCUCACAUAAUCAGGGCAGAUGUCAUCUCGUGUGAAUGUUAAUCUCACUCCAAGUUGAGGCUGUUUAUUUUUUCUGAAUAAAACACUAUUGGUGUUUUUGAAUCCA